AUUGAUCCGGAGCUGCCGUCAAUCACUCCGGGGCAUGCGCAGUGCGGGUAAUGGCGAUGGAAAGACGCUUGUAUGUUUCAGCUUCAGGCGGUAAGAGAAAUGGCGGAGUAGAGGGAGAAACGGAGCCGGUGGGUAGACAGGCCGGGCUCGGCAUUAAAGUGGAGGAUUUGUAGUCGGGAAGCUGAGGCCAAACAUCACAUCAAAAUCUGACAGAGUUGCCUAAUUUAUCAUAACCUGAAUACCAUCGGAUUUUGAACAUGGAGGGAGAAAGCACCGUUCACAGUGGGGAGAAACCGUACACGUGUUGUGUGUGUGGACGAGGCUUCAGCCAAUCAUCUGGCCUGUCAGAACAUAAAUGCAGUCACAACAGGGAGAAACUGUGGAAAUGCAGGGACUUUGGGAAGGGAUUUAAUAACCCGUCUGAGCUGGAAAGUCAUCAGCGAGUUCACACUGGGGAGAGGCCGUUCACCUGCUCUGAGUGUGGGAAGAGAUUCACUUGUUCAUCCCACCUGCUGCAACAUCAACAAGUUCACACUGACGAGAGACCUUUCAGAUGUCCAGACUGUGGAAAGUGCUUUAAAAGUUCCCAGAAACUGACUGGCCAUCAACGUGUUCACACUGACGAGAGACCGUUCAGGUGCUCUCACUGUGGGAUUGGGUUCAAAGCAUUACCUGACCUCACUGUGCACCAGCAAAUUCACACUGGGGAGAGACCAUUCACCUGCUCUGAGUGUGGGAAGAGAUUCACUCAGUCAUCCCAUCUGCUGACACACCAGCGAGUUCACACUGACGAGAGACCUUUUAAAUGCCCAGACUGUGGGAAGCGCUAUAAAAGUUCAUGGGACCUGAUGUUUCACCAACGUGUUCACACUGAUGAGAGACCAUUCAGAUGCUCUGACUGUGGUACUGGUUUCAGGCGAUCUACUGAUCUGAUUGUCCACCAGCGAGUUCACACUGGGGAGAGGCCGUUCACCUGCUCCGACUGUGGGAAGGAAUUCACUCAGUUAUCCAACCUGCUGACACACAAGCGCACUCACACUGGAGAGAGGCCAUUCACCUGCUCCGACUGUGGGAAGGGGUUCAUUCAUUCAUCCAACCUGCUGACACAUGAGCGCACUCACACUGGUGAAAGGCCAUUCACCUGCUCUGAGUGUGGGGAGGGAUUCACUCAGUCAGCCCACCUGCUGACACACCAGCGAGUUCACACUGGUGAGAGACCAUUCACAUGUUCCAAGUGUGGAAAGGGAUUCACUCGGUCAUCCACCCUUCUGGAACAUCAGCGAGUUCACACUGGGGAGUGGCCGUUCACCUGCUCCAACUGUGGGAAGGGAUUCACUCGGUCAUCCCACCUGCUGACACACAUGCGCACUCACACUGGGGAGAGGCCAUUCACUUGUGCUGAAUGUGGGAAGGGGUUCAGUCAGUCAUCCAACCUGCUGACACACCAGCGAAUUCACACUGGGGAGAGGCCGUUCACCUGUUCUGAGUGUGGGAAAGGAUUCACACAGUCAUCCAACCUGCUGGUACACCAGCGAAUUCACAAGUAACUAUAGUGAUUGGAUUUUUCUGUUAAUCAUAUUUGGGAUGAACCAUUGUUCAUUGGGGUCUGUUUCUGCUGAUGUUAAUGAACUCCAGCCCAGUUAU